AACAGACUUACAAUUCAGCCAGCAGAUGACAGGAGGCUGAUCUUGAAGUCAGUAAACUUACUCAGAGAUGACCACACAAGAGCGAACCUUGACCUCCUUGAUGCAGCAGGCCUUCCAGAUCAAAGAGGAAAUGGUCAGCAGCCUCCAUGCCACCCAAGGAUCUGUGCUGAUGGAGGCGUCUGCAAGGAAACUUCUAGAGAAUCACAUUCAGACCAUCACACACAUUGUCAAACAGCUCAGCAAGGACAUUCAGGUGCUGGAGGCUCAGAUUGUUCAAAGGGACAGUGUAGCAUCAGGAACAACGUUUGCAGUUCAAAAGCUGGACCACAAGAACCUGACCGGCAUCGGAGACCUGCGGGGCAGAGUGGCCAGGUGUGAUGCCAGCAUAGCAAAGCUGUCAGGUGACGUUAAAGCUGGAGAACAAGAAAUCUCACAGCUGCUAAAGGAAAUGGGUGAGAUGCGUUGUGGGAUAGAGCUCAGGCUCAAAGACUUGGAGCUCAAGAUUUCACAGUCCUUGGGAAGACUAGAGGCUUUACAAUCAGAGCAGACUGCAUCCCAGAAAAGUAUCAGAGAAAGUCUACAGAAGGACAUCCAACAACUUGAAAUCAAGACUUCCAGUGGGCUGAGGGAGCUGGAAGAGGAAGCAGCCAGGCUCAGGAUGUGGACAGAGCAGCAGCUGAGUAGCACAACCCAAAAACACACAGAGGACAGUCAACAGCUGCGCAUCUUCAUGCAGGACAGAACGGAAGACGUGGAGGUAAAUCUAAAAGCACAGAUGGACCUCCUCUCUGCUCAUGUGGAGAAACUGGACAAGCAGUUAGAAAAGCAGCGCUCCACAGACCGAAUAAAACGUUUGGAAAGCAAACUACUCAGCAGAGUCGAUAAUCUGGAGAAAAGCUUCAGAGAUGACCUGGAGCAGAUAAGGACAGAGUAUCAGACAGGGUUCCAGGAGGCCCUGGAUGCCAUUGCUUCCCUGAGGGACAUCAGCGAUGCUAAGGCCAAACUAGAUAAAGGAGAGCUGAAGAAAGACAUCAGACAGAUUCAGAGGAAGAUGACCACACUGCCAGAAGCCUGAGCUAACUGAAACAGAAACAGAUUAUAUAUAUAGAGCUUAUAUAUGGGUAUAUACAAAUAUAUAUUUUCAUAUCAGGUUCAUGAAAAUUAGUAGUUUAUUUGAAACAUAUCUUUUUCACUUUUAUUUGUCAAGCACACAGUAACAUACUCUUAAUGCCAUAUUGUCAUAUAGCUAACUAUUCCCCCCUUUUCAUAUAAAGUGAAUUAUAUUGAGAGGGGUAGAGGAGAAAAGUUUGUAUAGAGUUUUUAUUUAUAACUGUUUAAACCUUCAGCAGAAUUAACAUGAUUAAGAGUCUUCUUAAAUUUAUCCAUCUGCUGUUGUUAAGAUUAUUACCCUGUUAAACUAAAAGUGAAGUGCCUUGGGAUGGUAUGCUAUAGUACGCAGAACAUGGCCUUAUUAUACAUCAGCGUGGAUAUUUCUUUCAGGCAGAUUAAUUGCAUAUAAAAAAAAAAGCCCAAAGGAGAAAAGUCUUCACCGACGUCAGAACAUUAUAUGAACAUAUGAUUAAGGACCUAGCCGUGGCUCCUCAUUAGUUUGAUGGUAUAAUAGAUAAGGUGGUGCUUUAAAUAUCUUGCCCUCCUGAAUAUUCUAUUGUAAUCAGUUACUCCCUAUAGUCUACACUUUAACCCAUGAUGUAAGUGGAAUAAAGAAGAAACAGACACUAUCUGUUCAGCGUAAUUACGGAAGAUUCACACUUCUUGUCCAAAUGGGACAGGUUAGAGUACAUGAGGUCAAUCAGGGGAUGUUCUUUCAGGUCCAGUAUCUGAGGUAAAUCAAAGACGCAAACAGUUUGUUCGCUGUGCCAAGCAUUUUAAAGGUGAACUCUGGUGUAAAAUGG